CCCAGGUCCCUGCUUCUCUUAGCCAUGGCUCCAAAGCGCAAGCCCCAGGUACAGCGUGAGGGUCCUGAGAAGAAGAAGGGGCGUCAGGGGGCACAAGAGGAGGACAGUUUCCGCUCCACUGCCGAGGCCCCACCCACAGAGAAGCGCAUAGCCUAAGUGGGCCCCCUGUGCCCACUCAGCUGCAACCCUAGGACCCAGGUGCAUGAAGACUACGACUGUACCCUGAACCAGACCAACACUGGGAGCAACAAAAACAAGUUCUACAUCAUCCAGCUGCUGGAAGAAGGUGACUGCUUUAUCUGCUGGAACCGCUGGGGGCGCGUGGUGAAGGUGGGCCAGUCACAACUCAGCCGCUUCAUGUCACUGGAGGAUGCACAGAAGGACUUUGAAAAGAAGUUUCGGGACAAGACCAAGAACAGCUGGGCAGAGCGGGACCACUUUGUGGCCCACCCCAGCAAGUAUACACUUAUCGUACAGAGAGAGGAUGAGGCCCAGGAAGCCAUGGUGAAGGUAGACAGAGGCCCAGUGAGGACCGUAGUUCGUGGUUCACAAGUGCAGCCCUGCUCCCUGGACGCAGCCACACAGAAGCUCAUCACCAACAUCUUCAGCAAGGACAUGUUCAAGAAUGCCAUGGCUGGGCUUCCCUGGUGGCACAGUGAUGUGAAGAAGAUGCCACUGGGGAAGUUGAGCAAGCAGCAGAUUUCCCGGGGUUUGGAGGCCUUGGAGGCAGUGGAGGCGGCCCUGAAAGCCCCCGCAGGUCGUGGUCUCAGCCUGGAGGAGCUGUCCUCCCACUUCUACACCAUCAUUCCCCACAACUUCGGCCGUAGCCAGCCCCCACCCAUCAACUCCCCGGAACUUCUGCAGGCCAAGAAGGAUAUGCUGCUGGUGCUGGCAGACAUCGAGCUGGCCCAGACCCUGCAGGCAGCCCCCGAGGAGACAAAGAAAGUGGAGGAGGUGCCACACCCACUGGACCGAGAUUACCAGCUCCUCAAGUGCCAGCUCCAGCUGCUGGACCCAAAGGUGCCUGAGUACAAGGUGAUACAUCCCUGCUUGGAAAAGACUGGCAGCAAGUACAGUUGCCCUGCUCUUCAACAUAGUUGGACAGUGAACCGAGAAGGGGAGGGAGAUCAGUUCCAGGCCCACGACAAGCUGGGUAAUCGGAAGCUACUGUGGCACGGCACCAACGUGGCUGUGGUGGCCGCCAUCCUCACCAGUGGGCUUCGCAUCAUGCCACAUUCUGGUGGCCGUGUUGGCAAAGGCAUCUACUUUGCCUCGGAGAACAGCAAGUCAGAUGGCUAUGUUACUGGCAUGUCCUGCGGGGCCCAUGACAUUGGCUACAUGUUCCUGGGUGCGGUGGCAGUGCGCAGAGAGUACCGCAUCACCGUCUAUGAGCCCAGCUUGAAGCAGCACCCCCCUGGCUUCGACAGUGUCAUUACCCGUGGCCACACAGAGCCUGUUCCAACUCAGGACACCAAGCUAGAGCUGGAUGGCCAGCAAGUGGUGGUGCCCCAGGGCCAGCCCAUGCCCUGCCCAGAGUUCAGCAGCUCCAGCUUCUUCCAGAGUGAGUAUCUCAUCUACCAGGAGAGUCAGUGCCGCCUAUGCUACCUGCUGGAGGUUCGCCUCUGAGCUGUCUGCCCGACCCGCCUCCCGUCCACCGCCAGGAGCUAGACCAUCAUCCUCAAUCUUCCUCCCAUCCCUGGUGCCCCCAUGUCACCCCUUCUUGCUCUCAAAUCUCCCUCCUGUGUCCAGACAGUGAUCCCCUCUCCCUCUAAUCCUUGUGGUCCUGGCAUGGCUGUGGCCUCAGUCUCGUCUCCUAAGGUGAUGGGUGUGAUGGAUUGGCAUUAUUACUGGGACACGGAUACAGCAGCCUAUUCAAGCCUGUGUAGUUAGAGGGGCACAGGCUGAGAGCGGGCGGGUCCCACAACCCCCCGGGCCAUCCACCCUGGCCCAGACUGUCCAUCCGAGAGAGGCGUGAUCACCGAGGUGGGCUGAACUUCAGACAUGCACAGGCAAGUGCACAUUGUAUUGGCUCACCCCCCUGACCUCUGUCUGUGCCAAAGCUGCACCAGGCCUGGGCCUUCUUGCUUUCCACAGUGACCCACCACACCACAUAGCAGUUCCAGCCCCACUCCAGGGAGUGACCACUCACACGGAGGACGUGGGUUGUACACACACUCCCACCCACCCUGGUCAGUCUACAUUGGUCACUGCAACGACUGGCCUCCUCUGAUCAUUGAGCCUCCAAAAGGGACCGUCCCCAUCAACUCAGAACUGUUGGUCAUGUGGGGACCCACCUGGUGAUUCUGUCCUUUAGCCCAGACGUGGCCAGGCAAAUCAAGCAUUCCUUGUGUCUUGGCACCAAACACCCAUGUGUGUCUUCUAUGUGAAUAUCAUAAAUGAAUUGAGAAUAUCUGCAAGGGGUGCAGCUCUGCUGUCAUGAAAGAAUGCUAGUUAUCACCCCAGGCUACCCUGUCCACAAACAAGGGGUGCAGAUGCUAGACAGCAGGUCAGGGUCCAGUGCAGUGUCACACACCACAUUUAGUUGUCGUGUCUCUUUGGUCUCCUUUCAUCUGAAACCAUUCUUCAGCCUUUUUUUUUUU